CAGUUGCAUGUUGUGACUAGCUAAUAUCGGAAGUUUAGGUGGAAGUUUUCGUUCGCAGUACCUGCUGCCGGAUGCGAGACAUAAUUUCACUAUGAAGCUAUUAAUCGCAGUUAAACGGUUUUAUAUAUAGCGAGUUAGUUGUGAAUUGUCACGAUGGCGCCGUUAUGGAAAAGGGGCGUGCGUGAGUGAUAUGUAUCAUGCAACAGAAUGAGUUCUUUUCAAAGCGUUGCAGAUGAGCUGGACGACUACACUGUUCAACAAGAAAAUGAACUUGAAGCGCUUGCAUCCAUCUUUGGAGACGAUUUUGAGGAUAUUCGGAAGAAACGUCCAUGGAAGGUAAAAAGGCCACCCGAGGUGUACCUUUCUCUGCGUCCAAAGGGACUAAGCAAUGGACAGGAAAGCUAUGUGAAGGUGGACUUACAGGUCAAGUGCCCACCUACGUAUCCUGAUGUGCCUCCAGAAUUUGAACUGAAGAAUGCCAAAGGUCUUUCCAAUGAUAACCUUCACAACCUCCAGACAGAGCUCACCAAGUUAGCUGCAGACCGUUGUGGUGAGGUGAUGAUCUACGAGUUGGCCGACUUCGUGCAGGGCUUCCUGAGCGAGCACAACGUGCCGCCGCCCCGCUCCUUCCACGAGGAGAUGCUGAAGAACCAGCGGCGGCAGCAGGAGAAGCUGGCCCAGGAGCAGCAGCAGAAGAUCGCCCAGCAGCGGCAGCUGGAGGAGCAGAUGCAAAAUGAGAUCUUGGCUGAGAUCCAGAGAAGAGAAGAUGAGAAGAGAGAGGAGAAGAAAAGGAAGGAAAUAGCCAAACAGGAGCGCUUGGAGAGUGCAAACCAGCCUGCUUCAGAGAGCCCGGUGCUGGGGAGCUCCUGUUCCAGCGGGCCGGCGCCAGAACCCGCGGAGGCCAAGAGAGGGUGCGGCAACCGCCGACGGACCACCUCCAGCAGCCGGCACAGGCGGGACACGCAUCACUCCUUCAGCAGCAAUGAUGACAGCCCCCGGCCAAUGGAGGUCUUGCAUUUUACCAGCAGUGCUUUGGGUGACAUCAGCGUACACAGAGGAAAAUGUAUAGGUGAGAGCAAGAAGCUGGGCCGCAGUGUGUAUUACGGGUUUGAGGCCGCCACCGGGGACUUUGUCGUAGUGUACGAGUGGAUCCUCUGCUGGAACAAGAAGAUGGGCAAGUUCUUCACCACUCAGGAGAGGGAGAAAAUCGACAAGUGUAAAAAGCAGAUCCAGGGUGUGGAGUGCGAGCUGCACUCCUUGCUGAAGCUGGAGCACCCGCACCUGGUGCACUACACGGCGCUGAGCCACCGCGAGCAGGAGGACUGCCUGGCGGUGGACCUGCUGGUGGAGCACGUGGGCGGCUGCAGCCUGGCGCAGAGCCUGGCCCGGGCCACGCCCACACCCCCGGAGCGCCUGCGCCAGCUGGCCGCCCAGCUGCUGUCGGCGCUGGACUACCUCCACGCCAACUCGGUGGUGCACAAGCAGCUGUCGGCCUCCAGCGUGCUGCUGGACGCCGAGGGCAACGUGCGCCUCACCGACUACAGCCUGUCCAAGCGGCUGGCCGACGUCUGCAAGGAGGACGUCUUCGAGCAGGCGCACGUGCGCUUCUCCGACGACGCCCUGCCCGUCAAGACCGGGAAGAAGGGCGACGUGUGGAGCCUGGGCCUGCUGCUGCUUGGCCUCAGCCAGGGCUGCGAGGUAAAGGAGUACCCCGUGUCCGUGCCCAGCAGCCUGCCCGCCGACCUCCAGGACUUCCUCAACAGGUGCGUGUGCCUGCACGACGCUGACCGCUGGACCACUGCGCAGCUCCUGGGCCACGCCUUCCUCAACCCUCCGGCCCCCAAGACCCCCUCGCAGUGCCAGGAGGAUACUCCGGAAGAUGUGGGUGAUGACUUUGCCUCCACCGUCAUUCCACGCAGUUACAUCCUUAACGCUCCCUUUAGCACCCAGAUCCAGAAGCAGUUGUCCCGCUACUACAGUGAGUUUGAGGAGCUGCAGCUGCUGGGGAAGGGAGCUUUUGGAGCGGUUAUCAAGGUCAAGAACAACUUGGACGGCUGUUAUUACGCGGUGAAGAGGAUCCAGGUGAACCCGGCCAGCAGGCAGUUCCGGCGGAUCAAAGGGGAGGUGACGCUGCUGUCGCGGCUCAACCACGAGAAUAUCGUGCGCUACUACAACGCCUGGAUCGAGAGGCUCGAGACGCCCGCCGCGGGCUCGGCGAGCAGCGACAGCUCCGCCCCCUCCAGCUCGCCGGACAAGUCCCUUCCGUGCCGCCGCCCCCUGCUGGACGAGCUGGGCCUGCAGGACGACGUGGAGGCGAACGCGCCUCCCCCCGCCCUGGCCAGCUCCGUGGAGUGGAGCACCUCCAUCGAGAGGUCCUCCAGCGCCAAGUGCAGCAGGGCCGACCCGGAGUCCAGCGACGACGACGAAGAGGAGGAGGACGUCUUCUGCCCCUCCUUCCUCCCAUGCAACAUUGAUUCUGAGAGCGACAUCAUUUUUGACAACGGGGAUGAAAGUCGAGACAACCUUUCCCAGGCGGAGGAGAGCAAGAGGGCGGGGACGGACGCCACAGAGAGCUCCAGCUCCGAGAAGCCCCUCCUCAUAGCGCACUACCUGUACAUACAGAUGGAGUACUGCGAAAAAAGCACUUUAAGGGACACGAUCGACCAGGGCCUGCACCAGGACCGCAGCCGCCUCUGGAGGCUGUUUCGGGAGAUCCUGGACGGGCUGGCGUACAUCCACGAGCAGGGAAUGAUUCACCGAGACCUGAAGCCUGUCAACAUAUUCUUGGACUCUCAGGACCAUGUGAAGAUCGGGGACUUUGGCCUGGCCACGGACCAUCCUGCUUACGUGGCUGCGGAGAAGCUGGAGAUAGAGGAGAGCGGCUCGGCUCUGAUGCCUAAACCAGACCCGACGGACAACAUGACAGGCAUGGUUGGCACUGCCUUGUAUGUAAGUCCGGAGGUCCAAGGGAACACAAAGGCCACGUACAAUCAGAAAGUGGAUCUGUUCAGCCUGGGCAUCAUCCUGUUUGAGAUGUCCUACCGGCCCAUGACCACCGCGUCCGAGCGCAUCUCUGUCCUGAGCCAGCUGCGAACGGAGGCCAUUGAGUUUCCAGAGGACUUCGCUGAGUACGAAAGUGGAACACUGAGGAACGUGAUUCGCUGGCUGCUGAGCCACGACCCCGCCCUGCGGCCGUCGGCGGUGGAGCUGCUGAAGAGCGAGCUGCUGCCCCCCCCUCAGAUGGAGGAGUCGGAGCUGCACGAGGUCCUGCAGCACACCAUGGCCAACGUCAACGGCAAGGCCUACCGCACCAUGGUCAGCCAGCUCUUCUCCCAGAGCAUCUCCCCGGUCAUGGACUUCACCUAUGACAUUGACUUGCACAAGGGAAGCUUUAAUGCUAGUAAUGCCAAAUUACAGCAGUAUGUUUAUGAAACCAUAACCAGGAUCUUUAAAAAACACGGUGCGGUGCGGCUGCAGACUCCCCUCCUCAUGCCCAAGAACAGGAAGCUGUACGAAGGCUCCGAGCUGGUCUGUUUCAUGGACCACAGCGGCAUGCUGGUCAGCCUGCCCUACGACCUCCGGCUGGCGUUUGCGAGAUUCGUGGCGAGAAACAACGUUUCCAAUCUGAAAAGGUACAGCAUCGAGCGGGUGUUCCGUCCGAGGAGGCUGGACCGCUCUCACCCCAAGGAGCUGCUGGAAUGCGCCUUCGACAUCGUCACCCCGGUCACCAACAGCCUUCUCCCCGACGCAGAGACCAUCUACACCAUCUCUGAGAUCAUCCAGGAGUUCAGCGUCCUCCAGGAAAGGAAUUACAGCAUUUACCUGAACCACACCAGCCUGCUGAAGGCCAUCCUGCUGCACAGCGGGGUCCCCGAGGACAAGCUCCACCAGGCCUCCAGCAUCCUGUGCGACGCCAUGAGUGAGAAGCAGACUCGACGGGAGGUUGAAGCCAAGUUCUGCAACUUGUCACUGUCCACCAACAGUUUACAGACGCUGUACAAAUUCAUUGAGCAGAAGGGGGAUCUGCGUGAUCUGAGCUCCCUCUUCAGCUCCCUGACCAAACCCAAGACCAUCGUCACCCAGCUGGCCAAGCAGGGAGUGAAGGACCUGGAGGAGCUCAUCAGCUUGCUGAAGAAACUGGGCGUCAAGUUGCAGGUGGUGGUGAACCUGGGCCUGAUCUACAAAGUGCAGCACCACUCGGGGGUCAUCUUCCAGUUCGUCGCCUUCGUCCGGCGCCGCCACCGCACCGUGCCGGACAUCGUGGCUGCCGGAGGACGCUACGACCACCUGAUCCUGGAGUUUCGGGGACCAGCGUCGUCGGCGCCGGUGCCCUCUGCGGUGGGCGCCAGCGUAGCUCUGGACAAGAUCUGCGCUGCCCUGGCCAACAUGGAGGAACCGCCUGUGGUAGGCUCCUGCGACGUGCUGGUGGUCCCUGUGGGCCAGACCUCGAUGAGCCGAGCCAUCAACGUCAUCCUGAAGCUUUGGAACGCCGGAGUUGCCUCUGAGAUCAUCUACGAUGUUUCGCAGUCUCAGGAAACGGUGCUGGAGCACUGCCGGCAGGCUGGCAUCCCCUGCGUGGCGCUGGUCUCCGAUAAAGAAGGGAACCACAUUAAGGUCAAGUCUUUCGAAAAGGACAGGCAGUCGGAGAAGCGGAUUCCGGAAACGGACCUGGUGGAUCACAUUAUUCAGAAGUGCCGGACCAAAUUCAGCGAAGAACGGAACUGCAGGGAGAUGUCUGAAAACAUUUCGCUUCAGAAUCCCAAGGGAUCACUCCUGGUUACCUCAGGGUCGUCCGAACCACACGGGUGCAACGCAGCCAUGAGCAUGAACGUGAACCUCAUCACGCCGGACAAGGUGUCCGCCAGCGCGAGGCGGCGAUACGAGACGCAGAUACAAACCAGACUGCAGAACCUCGGUAGCAAUCUGCAGAACAAGAGCAACGACAUAGAAGUAUUAGCUGUUGACCUGCCAAAGGAAACCCUCAUCAACUUCCUGUCAUUGGAGUUUGACGGAGAAGAGCAGUUUAACAUCAGCGUGAAGCACUUGCUGUCGCGCCUACCAAAGCAGCGUUACUUGAAGUCCAUCUGCGACGAAGUCCACCGCUUCAAAAUCGUCAAAAGGGUGGCAGUAGUUGUAUUAUACAGCUACAAGGAUGAUUACUACAAGAUUCUUCUCUGAGCCUGAAGACAAUAUCCAGUGUCUCCUUAUCUCGCUGCUUGUUUUAAUGCAGUGUGGAGUUGCAUGUGAAUGAAAGUAUACCUGAGCCCAGAGGAAGAACUACAACAUUUUGAAUUGUGAGAGCACCUUCAGUUUGGCCGUUAAGGUCAUUUCAGUUAGCUUUACCCUUCCAUUUCACAUCAUUACCGCUCAUCAGAACUGGAAGAAACACAUUCCCAUUGUUCUGUCUGCUUUGUGAACGGUUUACUCAAGUUGUGUGGGUGGGGGGGGGAAAUGAUUGGCUGCAAUGGGGCAAAGUAUUGUUUUACGCAAGAGGCUAGUUUUAUAAUAAAAAAAGUGAUAAAUUAAUGUGAUAUUUCAUUAAAUCAUUUAUUUUCA